AAACCCCUUAGACUAGUCAAAGAGAAAAGAGAAUUGCUUUUACUUUCUUGCAGCCCUUCAAAUUAAAUAGUUGAAACGAAAUUGGACUUGGCUUCUAACAUUAAUUUUGCUUGUCAAACUAUACAAGCAUAGUUAGAGGCGGACACGCUCCCUAUUUGGGAGGUGUCAUAGGUUUGGCCUCUAACAAAAUUUGCUUUUGUUUUGCUGCAGCUUGUUUUUUAAUCUCUUUUCUGCUGUGGCUACUUUAGUUUCGCUGCGGCUUGUUUUUAUCCUUUCUUUUGCUGGCCGUUGGUAACUUUGUUUCUCUGACUGUGGAUGUGGGUAACCUACCUCUAUGUUUGUACUUCUCUUUCGAUUGAAAUGAAAGUACUCUUGACCGAAAAAAAAAAAAAAAAAAAACUAUACAAGCAUAUUAUCUUUUCUUGGCCUUGGACUGGAGAAAACUGCAAAGCAUGCAGUUGAAAAUUAGGAAUUGACUACUACUAGGAGAGAUAUUCACAGAUUCCACAUCUGUGUAUAAAACCCCACAAAAAUUCACUAUUGUAGAGAGAUACAAGGCAAAAAAUUGCAGGUUUAUUCGACAAGCAGGUCGAUGAUUACUUGGUGGGAAGGCCAACUUAUCCCAAGGAAUGGUUUUCAAUGUUGGCAGCUCUUACCCCCCAACACUCUUUAGCUUGGGACCUUGGAGAGCAUUAUGAGCAAGUGAUAGGAAGCGAUAUAAGUGAGUCCCAACUGAAGCAUGCACUUCAACAUCCUCGAGUUCAUUACAUUCACACUCCGGUCUCCAUGUCUGAUGACGAAUUGGUUGCGUUAUUAGGGGGUGAGAAUUCAGUUGAUUUGGUAACCGUGGCAGAGGCCGUGCACUGGUUUGACCUCCCAAAGUUCUACUCACUCGUGAAGCGAGUUCUGCGUAAACCAGGAGGCGUAAUCGCUGUUUGGGGCUACAAUGCUAGUGUGACAAGCCCUACACUUGAUGGUGUAGUGAAGCGUUUUUAUGAAACAGCUAAACCCUUUCGGGACCGAAAGACGCAGUACUUAUGGGAAGGUUAUAGGACACUUCCAUUUCCAUUUCAAAGUGUUGGUUUGGGUUCUGAGGGUGAGCCUCUGCCACUAGAAAUACCAAAGGAAAUGUCAUUUGAAGGGAUCUUAAGGAUGUUAAGAUCCUCCUCUGCAGUCACUGCCGCUAAGGGUCAAGGUGUGGAUUUGUUAUCAAAAGAGGUUAUAGAAGAGCUUGAAACUACUUGCAAGGCUUUUAUGCUUGCUGGAAAAGUUUAAGGGGUAAUCUUUUUCUAUUGGGAUACAUGUAUAAUAUAUGCUCAAUUUCAGACAAAAUAAUUCUCUGUUCAAAAAGAAUUAUAUAGAUUAUUGUGGGGUUACCAUUUUAUAGUUUUU